AUGGCUCAGAAGAAAUUUGGUCACGUUGAAACUAAGGCGACAUUAUUGGGUGCAGUUACAGUACUAGCUCUCCACCUUAUAAUUCCAGAAACCAUUUUCCUCGUGAGAGGGCAUGCACACCAAACGGACGGCGCCGUUAGAAUCGUCAGGGUUCGAAAGGACGGUGGGGGAGACUUUAGGACUGUGACGGACGCCGUUAACAGCAUUCCGUCAGGGAACAAGGGGCGAGUGGUGGUGUGGAUCGGCGUGGGAGAGUAUCGCGAGAAGAUCACAGUGGAUAGGUCGAAGCCGUUCGUUACGUUUUAUGGAGAAAGCAAUGGGAACGACGACGACAUGGCCACCAUAACCUACGACGGAACAGCGUUGCAGUAUGGGACAGUUGAUAGCGCCACCGUUGCUGUUGACGCUGACUAUUUUGUGGCUGCCAAUGUAGCAUUUGUGAACUCGUCUCCUAUGCCAGAUGAAAAUAGUGUUGGAGCACAAGCGUUAGCGAUGAGGAUAUCAGGGGACAAGGCUGCAUUCUACAACUGCAAGUUUAUUGGCUUUCAAGAUACCUUAUGUGAUGACAGAGGCAGGCAUUUUUUCAGGGACUGCUACAUCCAAGGCACCUAUGAUUUCAUCUUUGGAAAUGGAAAAUCCCUCUACUUGAGAACUACCAUACAUUCUGUUGCAAAGGGUUUGAGUGUUAUCACAGCACAAGGUAGGGAAAGCACGUCAGAAGACACUGGAUUCACUUUUGUGCAUUGCAACAUAACCGGAAGUGGUGACAGGAACACUUACCUUGGUCGUGCUUGGAAGGAGAGCCCCAGGGUGGUUUUUGCCUACACGUACAUGGGUUCCCUCAUUAAUAACCGAGGAUGGUUCACAAACGAACUUGCUCGAGUCAAACCUAAUCAGACAAUAUAUUAUGGAGAAUAUAGGUGCAUGGGACCAGGAGCUGCUUCCUCUGGGCGCGUAAAAUUUCGCAAGAUAUUAUCUGAUGAAGAAGCAAAGCCCUUCUUGAGCAUGGCUUAUAUUCAUGGAGGAAAGUGGGUUGUCCCACCUCCCAAGCUGUGA